CUUGGUUGGAAGGAUGUCUGGCCGUGGGAAAGGAGGGAAAGGUUUAGGGAAAGGAGGUGCCAAGCGGCACCGCAAGGUCCUUCGUGCUAACAUCCAGGGUAUCACGAAGCCUGCCAUCCGCCGCUUGGCUCGUCGUGGGGGAGUGAAGCGGAUAUCUGGGCUCAUCUACGAGGAGACUCGCGGCGUUUUAAAGGUGUUUUUGGAGAACGUUAUCCGGGAUGCGGUUACCUACACUGAACACGCCAAGAGGAAGACGGUGACGGCCAUGGAUGUCGUUUACGCUUUGAAACGCCAAGGUCGCACGUUGUACGGUUUUGGUGGUUAGAAAGGCUCAUCUCCAUUGCUAACAAAAUAAUCCAAAGGCCCUUUUCAGGGCCGCCCACGCCGUCAUUUAAAGA